ACCUUCAUAAACAAUCACGUCUCGGAGAAGUGAUUCAAUUCACAAAGUCCAUUACAUUUCAAGAGGCCCAGCCUUGGUGAAAGUUGCUAAUUGAUUCCUAAUCCCCACAACAUAACUCAUGUGCAAAAAAACGGAUGCGAGUACCGAGUUUUCUCAUACCAAAGCGCAAGAGGAAUUGAAGGAGCACAGACUUGACUGUGGACUUUGCUAAAGGGAGUUCACACAAGCGGAGAAGCCACCAUAUACACACGCUCAGAACGCAUCUGCGCUACAGGAUUCUAUUGACAAGGGACACUUUUUCAUUCACUCAAAAAGUACUUUAACCAGAUUCGCAACAUGUUGGAUUGUUGUCAUUGAUGCGCUAACUAAUCAACAUUACAAGUUUGACAAAAAAAUCUACACUGAAAAUUCUACUCUGAAAAAGCCAAGUGAAUCUCGAGGAGGGGGAUCAGUCUGUGUAAAUCUACGCGCGGACCCGACGUUAUACCGGAGAAGAUAACGAUGUCUGGAUCAUACUGCAAAAGUUUAUACUCCUUCAGCGGGGACCAACAUCAGCAGGGUUUGACUUUUGAAGUGGGAGAAAUCAUAAAGAUAGUUCAGCCGUUGCCUGGCGGCUGGUGGGAAGGAGAGCUGGAUGGAGUCAGGGGAUGGUUCCCAGCAAGUUAUGUUCAGGUCUUAGAGAAAACUGCGUCUAUGACCUCACUGCUUGUUGAGGACCUCGGAGAGCCUCUCCCUCAACACUGGAAGUGCUACAUGUCACCACAAGGGCGGCACUACUAUGUCAACACAGCCAGCAACGAGACAACGUGGGAGAGACCUACCAGUGUACCUGGGACCCCCAAAACCCCUCUGAAACACAAGAACUCAAUACCUACAGUGAAUGGGUUUCACUCCAGUGGCAGUACGUUGCAUCAGAAUGAACACUCCCACGUCAGUCUGGUCAAAAAGCCCAGUUCCGAACCACAGCAUCCAGGUCCUACAUCACCCACCAGGAGACAGAGCAAAGAGACUACCAUCACAAUUAACUGUGUAACGUUCCCCCUUCCUAUGAGUAUGCCUGAGCAGCAGCUGCUGAAGCCAGAUGAGUGGAGCUACUGUGAUUACUUCUGGGAGGAUAAGAAGGACUCUCAGGGGACAAGCUCUAUCUCAGGGUUUGAGGUCUUGCUGCAGAAACAGCUGAAGGGGAAACAGAUGCAGAAAGAGAUGGCCGAGUUUAUACGAGAAAGAAUAAAGAUAGAGGAGGAAUAUGCCAAGAGCCUCUCCAAGCUGUCACAGAUUCCCCUUGCGGAACAGGAAGAAGGUACUCUAGGGGAAGCCUGGGCUCAGUUGAAGAAGAGUUUGGCUGAAGAGGCUGAGGUUCACCUCAAGUUCUCCUCUAAGCUCCAGAGUGAGGUGGAGAAGCCUCUGUUGACGUUCAGAGAUAACUUUAAGAAGGACAUGAAGCGGUUCGACCAUCACAUCGCAGAACUACGAAAACAUCUGGUCGGACGACACACAGCCGUGGAGAAGGCCCGUAAGGCUCUAGCAGACAGACAGAAGGACCUGGAGGUGAAGACCCAGCAGCUGGAGAUCAAACUAAGCAACAAGAUCGAGGAGGACAUCAAGAAGGCCCGGCGGAAAUCCACACAAGCAGGAGAUGACCUGAUGCGCUGUGUCGACCUUUACAACCAGUCCCAGUCCAAAUGGUUUGAGGAGAUGGUGACCACAAGCCUGGAGUUGGAGAGGCUGGAGGUAGAGAGGGUGGAGAUGAUACGACAGCAUCUGUGUCAGUACACCACCUUGCGGCAUGAGACGGACAUGUUUAACCAGAGUACGAUGGAGCCGGUGGAUCAGCUGUUACAGAGUGUGGACCCAGCUAAAGACCGAGAGCUCUGGGUCCAGGAGCAUAAGACAGGAGACAUCAGGCCUGUGGACAUUGAGAUAUAACACACCUGGUUCCCAGGGGUCACACACGUGGAUCCACAAGCCUAAAUCUGUACUGGCGCUUCAAGACCUUCAGUCCCCUCACUAAAGUGAACUUUGAGAUAUUAUGGACAUCCUGAGAAAUGAGGAUAAGUCACUCCACAGAUUCACAGACACCUGGGGG